AUGACGAUAAAGCGAGUAGGGGCCAAUGGCAUGACCUGGACUGGUGGCAAUGGGAAUGGACAGGAAAGGAGAGCGGUCCUUGAAAACCUCGACUUCUCAUCAGAUCCAUUUUAUGAGUUCUCUAAGAAACCCAAGGGAUUACCGGUAGGUCUACUAGAUUUCCCCACCCCUCGACAAAUACAUCCGGGCCGGUUUCUCUCACCUGCACCGCCAUCUCUGCCCACUGGGGGGCAGCGCUGGAGGGCAGGGCUGGCGGCUGUUCUGAAGCCACGUGGGCCAUCAGUUCCUACCAGACUCCCUACUCCUGUACCGUCUUACCCUGUGGCCGGAUACAGACCCUCAUACUUCUCCCCACUGCCAGGCAGUGGUAGGGGUGGGACCAGAGGGCCAACGCCAGUGCAAGUUGACACUCUGGUCUGGUUGAUUGCCCAGGUGGCUCCCAGCAUGCUGAUAGCCCAGCGGGGAAUCCAGCUGGCGGUCAGCCCAGGCCCUGAGGUGUGGGAGAUGCUCCUGGGUCCCCUGCCAUACGAAUUCCAGGGCGGGAUGGCACCCUGAAGACCCAGGGUCGGAGCUGGCGAGACGGGGUCCUGGUUCCCGAGACCCUCUAAGGGCACCUUCCCCAGGCCCUACAUCGUCCAGCAGUGCAUCCCUAGGUUGGCCCUGCCGGAGGUCUCAGCCAUAGAGAAAGAGAUGGAGCAGCUGGCCAAGGAGCUGAGGCAAAUGAGAAUGGCCCUGGGGUCCUCGCAGGCCGAUGUGCGCUUCACCAUGGGGGCUCUCUUUGGAAAGGUUCUUAGCCAGACCACCGUCUCCCGCAUUGAGGCCCAGCAGCUCAGCCCCUCCAACAUGUGAAAGUUGCAACUGCUGAUGAAAAUGUGGCGGGCAGAAGUGGAUACCAAGAACUUUAUGGGCAUAUUCAAAGUGGGGAUGAUCCUGCAGCAGGCUGGGAAGCAGAGACAGGCAAGCAGGGAGCGACGCAUCGGAAGCAGUCUGGAGAAACCCUUCUUGCAGUACGGAAGCCCACACCGGAGCAACAGCCACAUCGCUGGGCAGCUCCAGCUGCAGAAGGAACUGGUCUGAGUUUGGUUCAGUAUGGAUGGUCAGCCAACCAUUGAUUUCUCUUCACCAGAGGCUGUGGAGGCAGCAGGGCCUCCUUUCCCUGGUAGACCAAUGUACUUUCCUGUGGUAUGAGGGCCCCAUUUCAGUUUCCCCAACUAUGAAGGGCCCUACUUUAUACCCUUCACCCCUUUCCCUGUGGAGGGGAUCGCCUCUCUGCCCCAGCCACCCCUCAGAGCCCCUCCGGGCUUUCAAACUGAGGGGCCCGCUCUUCUGGGCAGAGCUGAACGGGGGAAAUGGGACCCGGAGGUUCAUUUCAGGGCUGUUCACAUUAAGAGCUCCAUUAACUGUCUAAAGAAAGUUAAGACUACUGAAGGGACAGUUGGGAGUGUUUAG